GUUUAGAUCCGACACGGCUUCUAAAUAAAGUUAAUAAACAACCGCGUUCCAUCAUCCUCAAUUCCGCGAGCUUUCUCCCUCUUUCUCCCAUUUUCAUACCCUAGAUUUCUAGAGGUUUUUCUACGAUUCCGAUGGCAGACAAGCCACUAACUGCUGACAUGAUUGCUCUCACUGAGAAAAAAAUGGACAUGAGUUUAGAUGAGAUUAUCAAGAUGUCUAAGAAAACUUCAUCUGAAAGGAGAAGGCACCGAGCCCCGAUAAAAUCUCGAGGGACUUUCGGCAACAACACUUCCCAGCGACAGGGAACCUUCAAGCUCCAGCAGUUUGUGGAUUCAAGAUCUUCUAUUAGACAAGGUGUGCUUGCACAAAGAAGGUCAAAUUUUCAUGGAAACCAGUUCCCUGUGACUAAGGAGGCAGGAACAAAUGCUUUGAAUAGACCUACUCACAACAGGGCGGUUAACUGGAGCAAGCCAAGGUUUGCAAUUGCACCAGUUCCGAAAAAGACUGCUGAAAAAAACAUAUCUGGGAAGGAUAAGGCAAUAAUGGCUAAGCCAAGGCCUCAUACCUUAGAUGCCCUCUUUGCAAGCAUGAAAGAGCAGAGGAUGGUGGAAACAAGUGUCAAUGGCCGGCAGGCUCCAAGGAGACGACGAGGUCAAAAACAACGGCAACAUGGUAGAGUUGGGGCUCCACCUGUCCGUGUAGCGCGUCCAUUUUGGAAACUUAACUAGAUGAUCCAAUCGUUAUCACAAUAUCAUCAGCUUCCAUUGCCUAGGGAUGUUUCACUGUUACAUUUUGAAGCAGCAAUAGUUCCAUUAUGAUACUUAUCUUUCAGGAUUGAGCUGCUGCCACUGAAUCCAUUUAAGUGUUGCCGCACCUGCUAAACAGCACUUGGACCUUCAAUUAAUUGAGCAAGAAUUUUCCUAAUGUAUUACCUCAGUUUGGUUUGCUAGUGUUCUGGCCUCAAGCCAUCAACCAAGUUUUCAUUGAAUAACUGAUCAAAGUGAACUGCAUUAUUAUGUUAUGAAUCAAAGCUUGCUCUCAGUGAUUGGUUUUUGUUUGAAAA